AAUGCUUAGCUUGACCAAGAAUUGCUCUUGUUGAAUCAGAGAUAUUUUUAUUCCAUCUAACGGCUUAUACCAAAGCAUUUUUUUCUGUAUAAAAGGAGCAAACUAAGGCUGCUGUAAAGAUGGGUUCAGUAGGAGUAAAGAAACCCCAUGCAGUAUGUGUUCCAUUCCCAGCACAAGGCCAUGUGAACCCCAUGAUGCAAUUGGCCAAGCUCCUACACUUCGAGGGUUUUCACAUAACCUUUGUCAACACUGAGUUCAACCACAAGCGCUUAAUCCGGUCCAAAGGAGCAGAUCACGUCAAGGGCCUGCCAGAUUUCCACUUCGAAACCAUACCGGACGGGUUGCCGCCUUCCGACCGUGAUGCAACCCAAGAUGUCCCUGCCCUUUGUGAUUCCACAAGAAAGAACUGCUUGGCACCCUUUAAAGAGCUAGUGCUAAAGCUCAAUUCUGUACAUGAGCCUGAAGUGCCUCCUGUUAGUUGCAUAAUACCAGAUGGGAUUAUGGGUUUUGCAAGUAAAGCUGCUGAAGAAUUAGGCAUCCCGGAGGUACAAUUCUGGACUGCCUCGGCUUCUGGCUUCCUGGGAUAUCUGUCCUUCACUGAACUCAUCAAAAGACGCUUUGUUCCUUUCAAAGACAAAAGCUUCAUGCAUGAUGGAAAGCUUGACACACCAAUCGAGUGGAUCCCAGGCAUGAAAAACAUCAGGCUCAAGGACCUCCCUAGCUUUAUGAGAGUCACCGACACUAAGGAUAUCAUGUUCGACUUUUUGGGGUCAGAAGCGCAAAAUUGCUUGAAUUCUUCAGCGAUUAUCUUCAACACAUUUGAUGAGUUCGAAUAUGAAGAACUCCAGGAAAUUUCCGCCAGAUUCCCUCGCAAUAUAUACACCAUAGGCCCGCUUUCCCUGCUAAGUCGGCAUGUCCCUGAUGGCCAACUAAAGUCUCUAAGUACAAGCUUAUGGAAAGAAGACUCGAAAUGCCUCCAAUGGCUCGACAAAAGAGAACCCAAUUCAGUUGUGUACGUGAAUUAUGGCAGUGUGACUGUCAUGACCGAACAACAUCUGAAGGAGUUCGCAUGGGGGCUUGCAAAUAGUAUGCACUCAUUUUUGUGGAUUGUUAGGCCUGAUGUAGUGAUGGGAGCUGACUCGGCAAUUUUGCCUGAAGAAUUCUUUGAGGAGAUACAGGACAGGGGAUUGAUAGCAAACUGGUGCCCCCAAGGCCAAGUCCUGGCACACCCAUCUGUGGGCGUUUUCCUAACACACUGCGGGUGGAAUUCCACUUUGGAAAGUGUUUGUGGUGGUGUGCCUGUUAUUUGCUGGCCAUUUUUUGCAGAGCAGCAAACCAAUUGUCGGUACGCUUGCACUAGUUGGGGGAUUGGCAUGGAGGUCAACAACGAUGUUAAACGUGAUGAGAUCGAAGCACUCGUUAAGGAAAUGAUGGCUGGGGAUAAGGGAAAGGCGUUGAGGCAAAAGGCAGUUGAAUGGAAGAAGAAAGCAGAGGAAGCUGCUGAGAUCGGAGGCUCAUCUUACAAGAAUUUUGAAAGGUUGAUUAAUAGGCUCUCCAUUAGUCAUUAAUGGUAUGUGAAGGGUAGAGCAAUAAAAGUUGAGCUAUUGUCAUAAAGAUCCAUCGGAUCGAGUGGGAGGGAUGGACUCGUGAAGUGGUCUCUAUAUUAUUUGUUGCUAUUA